AUGAUAAUUGUUACUUUUUUAAAACUUUCAACAGAGCACCUGAUCAACUCGCUGUCAGAGUUUGAUAUCACUUACCCAACAGAGUUGGAUGAUCGAGGUCGCUUUAAAGACCACGUGACUACCUUAUCCAACCAUCGACGCCGUCGGCGAAGCGCAAGCGAAGAGACUGGACCGAUAACAUACCAGGUAGGAACAGGAGUCUAUUAGAAACCACAUAUACCGCGGUCAAACAUCUAUGUUUUUCGUUUAAUCUAGUAGUAUACCAUAUUACCAUGAAGUGGACACAACGACAAGGGUGUAACAAAUACUUGAUUUAAAAACAUGAUUCCUUUUUCUCAAAAUUAAAAGUCUUUUUGUUUCUGGGAAAUGGUCCGCGCUCGAAUAAGAUUUUGUGACCUUAACGAGUUAGCAGCUUCCGUGUUCAUGCAUGUCCAAAAAACUUCUUAACAAAGAGAAUCAAAACAAUUUACCUUGAAUAACAGCGUAUAAGAAACGUAACGAUUUUUAAGCAAUGAAAAUGACAAUCUGUGGUUUUAAGUACAAGCUUUCGCAAAUCUCUCUCAUUUGACUUAAUAAUCACACUGCCCAAAAGCAAAAGCCACCUGGUGUUACUUUUUAAAGAAUCUCUGUCUUUUACAGAUACACGCUUUAGCUGUCACUUUGCCCGUAAAUUCUUUAACAAAUAAAUUGCGAUGUGUUAACGAAAAUAUUUUAAUUGACUGUUCAAUUGCUCCUCCUCGGGAUUGUUUUACCGGCCACUGUCAAUGUAUAUAGAAUGGGCUAGGCUCAUGGUUUUUUGGUGUGAUUAAGUUUAUUUUUGCCAGUUUCUGAAAGACUCACGCUUUCAUUAUUUAAGUAAAAUUCUCAUUAUUUUUUAUAGGUUAGCUAUAAGGGAAAGACUGUUAAACUCUUUUUGAGACUAAACACAAAGCUUUUCGGAUCUGAUUUUGUCGUUGAGCGCCAUAAAGAAGACGGUAGUAUUGAAACGAAAACGGUGACGGAUCAGUGUUACCUAGUCGGAGAAGCUGAGACAUUUCACACCAGUGUGGCCAUAAGUGACUGUGAUGGACUGGUAAGAAACCAUUAAUUUAUGCAUACUCUGAUCUCAUCUUAAGCUACGGUAAAAUGGGCAACAAAACGUGCGACUUGUUUCGAAACAUUGCUGCAAAACGAGUUGAAUAGCGAUGUUCACGUUGUACCUAUCACGUUCAAACCUGUCUUUCAGCAAAUCCGGUUGUGGCAGGUUGCCUGAAUACUGACUACUGAUUGGAUGAAAUUGCGCGGGAUUUGCGCCAUAUAUGGGAAUGACUUCACUUGCUGUAAAACAAGUUCGCCUUGGGUCGGUAAAACGCGCGACAUGUACAGAUUUUGUUGCAAAAAGUAGAACUACUUUCGACUUUCUGCAACAAUUUUGCGCAACCUGCGACAACUUGAUUUGUUGCAAGACAGGUUUAAACAUGGGUGGUAAAUCGCGCAAAAUCGUUUUUCAACUCGUUUUGCUGUAAAAAACAAGUUGCACCUUUUUGUUGCGGUUUUACUGUACGUUAAGAAAUUAUUUAAUACUCGUUUAUCAUUUAUAAACCGAAUACCAAAGAAUUAACUUAUGAUUCUCUUUAUAUAGUUAUAUUUGAUAUUGACACGGCUUGGGUUUUGGCUCUGGAUUUUCAAGGAACUGUGAAUCACACUUUUUGUGACUUACAGCAAAGCCCUAUCAUUAUUCAAACACUGCACAGACGCACAGGGAAAAUCAGUCGGUCUCGCGUUAAUCGUCUUGUUAAAGACAAAAAUAUAAUGAUAAAUUUCUGUAUGGACUGUUCAAGCAAAUAAUUAUAACCAACCUAAAUGACGCUGGUUCAUGCGCGCCCACUACUUAGUAUUGCGAAUAUCUCGCUCUCUUAGUCGUCCUCGUUUUAAAGUGAUGUUACACGGGACUUACGCAACGACGAUUUUUAGCGCAACACAGCAUUGGUAACAAUGUUUCGAAUGGUUGCAACAUUGUACCAACAUUGCAACCCUGUGUUGCGCCAAAAAUCGUCGUUGCGAAUUAUCUCGUAGAACAUCACCUUUAAAAUCUCAAGGUCUCUAAUAAUAGUGAUUUCUAAGAGUCGAAUAUAUGCUCUUUCUCUAAGGCAGGAAUCAUAGAGUUGGGUAAUGACACCAUCUUCAUCGAGCCCGUGUUGAACACAAGUCUGUUAGCUCAACGGGGAUGGACCAGACCUGGUAGACCACACUUGAUGUACAGUAAGGCCAUGCUAGGCCGCAACCAACUUCAUGAUCUGUCGUUUGACAGGUUUGACGGUGACUAUCUCAGAAGAGGACUGAAAGGUUAGUAACUCCCCGUAAUCCAAAUUCUAAUCUCUUAAGAAUGUCAACGUACGUGCAAUGAAGGACGCAUAUCAUGAAGCGGACACCUUACAGGACAUGUAUGUUAUAGAGUCCUUAUCAUUUUCUUCCAUAUUUUUCAUUAAAUGAACCAGUAUAGAAAGAGCCCCUCGGAUUUCCGGUUAAUACAGGGUUCAUUGCACGUUUGUAUGAUACUGUCUCGCAAUGGUAAAUGAAUACAUUACGUUGAUACCAUUUGCUUUGGAAAAUGAAACAAACCGAAGAAAAAAACCGGGGUAAUGCUAGAAAAGGGGCGUCAUUAUCUUGAGAGGAAUGAUGAUCUAUUGAUCCUCUAAAACCACCAAAACAAACGAACAAGCGUACAUCAUCUAUGUCAUCAUCAUUGUCAACCUUACCUUUCAGAAAGCUUCCAACCUCCAGAUCCGGUUGGUCGUUUUCGGCGUUUUCCUUUAAUAACGAAGAAAAAAAUACUGAUAGAGUUCAACUUAUAAAAUAAGAGAGGUUUUCCUCGAUCUACUGCCGUAAGGAAACCCGCUCACUAUUCAUAACCCGACGAAAAUUGUUCGGUUCAACUUGCCGGAGUGGUUGAAAGGAAAGGCAUACCUGUUUAGGAAGAGAUCAUCUUAUAAUGAUCUCUUCAGGGCUUUUUAUUCAAUCAGAACGCUUAAUAGCAGUAAAAAACAAUGGAUGCAAAUCACGUAUAGACACAAAAAACAAAGGAAGAAACAAGCUACGAGAAAAUUACUUUUCUGUAUGUGUGCUUAUAGCUAAGUAAUAACCCACUCAAAUGAUCUUCUGUAUUCGGUACGUGAACAAAAACUUUGAUCUCCGCAAAUGCUGCUAAAUUUUUAUUUCCUAGUGGAGAAGAAGCUGGUCGAUACAGCGGCAGCUUCUCAAACUUCGUACAUAACACUCAUGAAUCUUGCAAGACGUGCAGUUAAGGUAAUUAGUUAUUUAGGUAAUUAGGUAAUUAGUUAUAUAUAAUUAUACCUUUUUCUUCUUGGUCAUGCCAUUUCGGUGACGUAUCGAUACGAACGUUCGGAUCACGUGACUCGAACGGAAUGAUAGGGCCUGGGAACUAGGAAAAGAACAAGUCAUGUUCCGGUGGCUGUGACUUUGUCAUCAUCAUUUUGACUCUCCAUAUUUAAUUAAUAUAUUUUAAUUUUAAAAAAGUGUUUGUCCAUAACUGCACCGAUAAUUGUACUUGCAUUUCUAGAAUCAGUCUCUCAAUUCUUUAGCUAAUUAUUGAAUUAAUCAAUCUUUCAAUCUACCAAUCAGUGUUCAUCAACCAGUGGUUAAUCUUUACUACUUCAAUUAUGUCACAGAUCUACUAUAUCAACUACGGAAAGGAACAGUUAUUCCGAAUUUUGCAAGAUGGGCAAUCACAAGACGUAGACACUUUUACGGUGCACAAAUGGAUAGCAAAAGACUAUGAUACAGGAAAACCACUCUUCAUCAACAGGAAAAAGACCUUCAUUCCACCCACUGGAACGACUAUGAGAAACCGAUAUCGCGCUAAAAUCACUGUUCCACGUGAGUAAUACGAUACUUAAUCGACUAUAAACGUGGCGGAAACAAGUUAUCAAAUUUUUAACAUUUUAUCACAAGUUUUAUCAUUCUGAGAUCAGGAGAGGACUUAGCCUCCCUCAAUAAAAAUUAUCGUCCUAACUUUUCUGGUUAAAAAGAAAAAAAUGUGAAUAAUAUGAAGCUUUCUGAGGUGUGUCUUUUCUUCGAGUGGAAUCUCAACCUCGUUCCCAGCGUUCUUUCCUACUUGUCCUUGGAGUCGUGCCCAGUCCUCGAAUAAAAAGGUCUCUAUUAUGGGCAACGCGAAAGUGCAGAAAACCGCUACUGACUCUAACACUAUAAAGCUUUUAAACGUUGCCUGUAAAGCGAUUUCUAUGUUUUUGUCUUGUACACUUUGUGCUGAUUUUAGUCAGUGUCGUCUGUGAGAGUGCGCUAUUCACCGUCCGAUUAGUAUAGGUAAUACCAUGAUUUGUAGUGAUAUUUGGCAUAAAUACCACGCGGGUGAUAUUUCGAAAUUGGUGUACGUAAGCGGCUCGUGAAAUUUGAGACAAUUUUGAAAUACCGUAAAAUUCCGAAAAUAAGCCCCUCCAAAUAUAAGCCCCCCAAACCGGUAACGCGAAAAACCUUCCGUUAAAUCGCCCCUCCAAAUAUAAGCCCCCGGGGUUGUACUUGGAAAAUUGCCCUCAAAUACAAAGUAAAGCAAAGCAAAAACGGUAAAUUUACUUCCAACUAUAAGGCUAGCCCAAUCGAUUUUGAAACGCGAAUUUCCUUCCGUAGAUAAGCCCCUCCGAAUAUAAGCCCCUCCAAAAAUAAGCCCCUCAAAAAGGGCCUUCGAAAAAUAUAAGCCCCGGGGCUUAUUUUCGGAAUUUUACGGUAUCACGAGUGGUAUGUAGGCCAAAUAUCACGUACAAAUCAUGCUAUUAUUUGUUUAUACUACUACCAGCAAAAGGUUUGUAAUUUUUACACGUAGGUAUAUUAGGCUGAAAUAUCACUGCUCUGAGCCAAAUAAGUUACAGAAAUUUCUCAUGAAGUAGUAUAAUGUUUGAAAUACUCUUUAGGACUUGAUUGAUAAGAAAGUGGCUAAUAUUGGUUUAAGAGUAAAUUAUCCCUUUCAACUGAAAUUUAUUAAUAGAAGUUAACGGAUUAAGCACCCGGUGUUUCUCUUAUGAAAUGGCCUCUCGCUGCGUGAUUAUCACCGUCUGUUUAAUUGAAUAAUCUUUUAUGAAAGUUUAGUUUUACCAGUUAAUCUAAAAGCAAGCUCUUGGUAGUAAUCGGCAUUCCGUAGCAAUUCAGCAUCCGAAAACUAUGAGUAAAAAACUUCAGAAUAGACUUCUAAAAAGUCCUUUUUAGUUGGAUUAUUCUUUCGUGGUUUGCUUGGGAAGAGUUGACUAGUGUUCAAGUCUAACUUCAAGAAAGUCGAUACUUUUUUAUUGCCUCCCUUAACAUCAACCCCAAGUCUUCGAUCAUAAUGUUUCUCCAUUGCGUUUCAGCUGGUCUCAAGCUUCCUGCGGCCACUCAACCUUCUCAGCCCAACAGUCAUUUAACUUUUAUCAAUAGAUCAAACCGAUUCGUGAAGGUAAGUCCCUUGAGUUUUUUCUCUGGUGCAACAGAGUUGUGUUGAAUUUGUCCUUAAAGGUAGAGCUUGGUCACGAAUUUUAGCCACAUUCAGAAUGUCCCGCUUGCCAUCUUAAAUUAAGCGCUUAAAACUUGUUAAUGAAUGGAUAAAAUCAGUAACAAACCAAAUGCAGGAGAAGGAGUCGAUGGACAAAAUUAAAGAAGAUUUAAACCUAUUGCAAUUAAAGUUUUUCAGAGUUCCUUCCUGCUGUUAAAGUAACAUUUAUCAUUUACAACUAAUUUCUUCUCUAACGUUAAUUUUCAGAUCGAUUAGGGCGAGUAAUUGACAACCCCCAAAAACAAGAGCGUUUCUCUCCUAAGGGAACUCCACCUAUACCCAAAUAUUAGUCGAGUACCCCCCUACUAAACUAAAUUUUCGUGCAAAUUCUGCAAACAAAAUAGUUCGUAAACCACUUACAUGGCGGCCUACGUAGUUGCAAACCUAAAAACUGGCCGGCUACUCCUAGGCGAUUAUCGUAAAGAUUCAAGUGUAUCCGCAACAAACGUAAUCUGCCACUCAACUGCUUACAGAGGUACUGUUUGACGACUCCUACAUGAGAUAGGAUCGCUAUUUUCAUGCGGUUAUCCGAGCCGGACGAAGGUCUGGCCGUUUCGAGGGCAGACUGAAAGACACUGUCUUACUCCUCAGCUACUUAAGAAUCUGAGUCCAGUGCCGGGAAAUGAACCCGCAACUCCGCCCUGGGACCCGUUUCUCGAAAGCCCCAAUAACUUUUCGGGCCUGAAAGCUGUUUUAUGUUUGCCGGGUUUGCACUCAAGAUCAAAUUUUCAAUAAUCAAAUUAAUGAAAUUGAAAUUGAUAAUGAAAUUAUCAGUUAACGAAGCAAAAUUGGCUGGUUUGUGAGCUAGGAAUGUGCUGCUAUUCAACUGGUUUUGAUUUCAAAAUUUACCUUCGGACCCGAAAAGUUAUCGGGCCUUUCGAGAAACGGGCCCAGUGAUCUGCCCCACCUACUUAGCUCACCCCACUGCGAAUAUAACUAUUUCUUCAUUUGAUAUUUUUUUAUUUCUGUCUGUAUCCCACAGGUGUUUUACAUCGAAGAGGGCGAAACACUUUUCUUCUUAAACCUGUCCCCAAAGGAAGAUGUUGUAGUUAAUACCUACACUUCUCACACGUGGUUCGUGAAAGAUCUCGACACGAACAAAAUUCUUCAUGUAAAUGGACACAAGAAGUAUAUACCUGUGAAAACAGACCCAGAAAAUCCGAUACGAGUCUUCAUCACCGUUCCAAGUUGGUGAUAGUAACUCUUUUAAAUUGAAUAAAUCAAGUUCUAUUUUACAGUGCCUUCUUGGCACGUUUUGUUUUCUAAGAAAUAGUUUGACUUCGGUUCAGAGGGUUUGAGGUUGUUUUCGACUGUGCAUAUUUUUCUAGUAUCUAGUUGUCUCAGGCUUAAGGUUGAUGUGAUAAUGAUGAUGAUGAUGAUUUCUGAUGAUGAUGAUGAUGAUGAUGAUGGUGAUGAUGAUGAUGAUGACGUAGAUGAUUACAGAGAUGAUGAUAUCGAUCUAAAUAUUAUUUAACAUUCAUACUUGGCUGCGAGGCUUGGGGGAAUAAAACAAAAGAAAUCAUCUUGAGGCUCAGUUAAUGAAUAAUACAUUUCUUUUGUUUUAUUCCCUUAAGUCUCGGAGCCAAGUAUGAAUUUUAAUAUAUCAAAAAUGGUCCAUUAAAAAAGAAAGUUGGUUUCAGCCUCUCAUAUAAGGUGGAAUCCCGAUUUAACGUAUUCAAGUGUCAAGACACUCGAAAAUUUGGGGGAAGGGCGGCUACGUUGGGGUGCUGCUAGAAUUCUCAUUACUGCUUUUUCUUUAUGUGCUAAUUCUAAAAAAAUAAAAAAGCACAUCUGGAAUUGCAAUUGGUAACAUAUUUGUCUCUCUUCCAGGCACUUUGUCGCUUCCCGACAUGAAAUUUCCAGACAUGCUUAAGACAAGGCCCAAGUACAUAGAGGUGAUGGCAACAGCGGACAGCUCUGUAGUGAAGUUUCAUGGCAAGGAAAAAUCGGAGAAAUAUAUCUUGACUUUGAUGAACAUUGUGAGUACUGUCAGUUAUAGUAACGCCAUAAGGCUUUUGAAAUUAAUACUGAUGUCAUGAGCGGUUUAAAACUUGAUCUGGAGAGCUAUUUCGGGAUUUCAUUGUUUUUCACCAUUACGGUUUUUGAUUGGCGUAACAAUCUCUCUGCCAUCAGAGAGCGCUAGCCUUGAGUUGGAGUGCAUAGCAGUCCAGUCUCUUAAAGAAAGUUCCACCUUUGGUGGUCCAGCCAGGUCAAUCUGUCAGUAAAUAGUAUGCUGGGUGGAAAUAAGGGGAGAAUUGGGUUUUCAGCGAAACCUUUCGAAAAAAAGCAUGUUUCAUUUUCGAUGGUUCGGUUGGCCAUUCCUGACUUUUGAUAAGAGCCCUUAGUCAGGUACCAUUUCCUGAGCUUUUGCUGCGCUUUGCGCGCUACAAUGUAUUAACCGCUCCAUAUCUUUGUCUUGAGUAAUUAUUGGUUUAUUUGAUUGGCAGUUUGUGUUGUGAUUUGACCAGAGCUAAUGUUUUGUAUUGAUGCUGCUGAACGUAAUCAUGUGUAUUUGCUGAGACAAAAGAAAGGAGGUUCUACUUCAAUGUUAACAGAAGUAGAAUUUACACUGAGGAAUAGGAUUGUUAUGACUAGGCACCUUCUCUUGUUACAGGUCUCCAGAUUAUUUCAACACCAAUCAAUCGGCGCUCCAGUAUAUUUUGUUGUCGUUAAGCUAGUUCUUCUGGAGAAGGAUCCGGUAAGGUGUUGUUUUUCUGCUCUAAAUUCUUAGUGCUUUGUCAUGUUACAACGCUCUGCUUGAACAUAACUGUGGAAGUUAUGGGGAGACCGUUACAAGACAAUUACCACACAUGCUUCAUAGGACGUCUUCGUUGGAGCUAUUUCUCGUCUUAUUAUGAUGUUACGGUGGAACUUCGAUUAACGAAGUGCCAAGGGACUGUGAAAAUUUGUUUGUUAUAUCGAGGGUUCUUUAUUUCGAAAACCUCGAUUUAACGAAUUAUUUAGUCUCCCUCGCAGCCGUUUUUUGGAUGUCACGCAACGCUCCCCCAAAAGAACGUCGUCCACUCUUUUUUGCAGUCGAAGCAAUGCCAUUCUAUCUACUUUUCAAAGAGAGGUCGCAAUCUCCUCUUUCCUCGCGAUCUGCCAUUUUUAUCCUUUUUCGAAAAACAUAUUAAUAAUCUUAGUUUUGGGUUAACAUUAAAUACCCCUGGCUCCUUGGCGUCGCACACUCCCGAGGGAGGCGACGUCUCUCUCGGGAGUUUGCAACUCAGUUAGACGACUGAAAUCCAGGCUAUGUUUUGGGUGCGAAGUUAUCAUUUUCUUCUCUUGACCGUAAAUGUUUGGCAAAUAUCAGUUUGUCUACAGUAGGGCGUUGGUAAUUGUCAGAAAAAAAAAAUUAAAACUUGACGCAGUUGAUACUCAAAAAUAAGGAUAGGAAAAAAAUAGUUCGUUUUUAGUAUUGUCCAAUGAAGUAGCUUACAUUGCCUUUUUACAUCCCAGAAAGAAAUCAAAAUUAAUGGAAAGCCAAUGGACAGUUUAUCAAGCGUUUGUUACUGGGGCUACAAGACAAGGAAAGGCUAUGACAGGGUUACCAAGGAUUUCUAUGAUCAAACAGUGUUCUUAACAAGGUAACGAGUCCAUAAAAGCGUCUAACGCAGACAAAGUGCGUUUUUUACAUUCAUUUUUACAAAACAUAUGUUUCUUAGCUUACUGAAGUUAUUCCGAAUAUUUAAUAUAACUAGUAUUUUUUUUGUAUUUAUUUGCCAUUCUUGCGGACCUAGAAUAGAAAUCUAACUAGUACAGUGUUUGCGAUUCAGUCACUGACUUUCCUCAUAUAUUACUAUCUCUUCUUCUCUUUUUCUUUUUAUGCAGAAAGGACUUCGGCCCGUCAGGUACGCAAUCUACCCAUGUUAGAGUUUACUGAGACUGUUUGUUCUUAUGAUUUCGCGUUUUUUCAGUAAGCAAAAACUGCGCUCUAAAUCUGUGGUGUUUUGGCAACGCUGCUUUCUUAAAACGAUGCUUGCGAGGAGGGCAUAUAGCAUAUGGCAGCGAAACUUUACUGCACUCUGGAAUCAACUUGUUUACCUCAAUCGGACUUCGUUUAUAAUUAUCAACCUUGAAUAAUCAAAUUCGACACCAUCCAUGUUGUGUCAACAGGUUACGCACCAGUUCAUGGUAUGUGCUAUCGUCUGCGAAGCUGCACACUAAACGAGGAAGAUGGAUUUGCUUCUGCAUUUAUCAUCGCGCAUGAGACAGGACAUACGUAAGUUAUCGACGAGUUUGUGAGUCGGAACCUCUUUUUCUUUUGUCAUAACUGCACUUUAAGUUGAGCGAGGUUCAACUUAGUUUACGUUACGCGCGCGCGACCUUUCAUGCAUCGCCUCUAUUUGGUUUACGCGCGUAAAAUUUACGUGCGCACGAACAGAAAAUUAUGCGAUAGCAGAAAUUCACCCUUGACUGUCUUUAAUGAUUCAUGAUUGUUGUUCCUAUUCACAGAUUAGGAAUGGAACAUGACGGAGUAAACAAUAACUGCUCCAAUGACGUCAUCAAAGGAAGCAUCAUGGCACCUCUGGUGCGAUCCCAGUUUGACCGGUUUUACUGGUCCUCUUGUAGUCGUCGAGACCUUUUAUCAAAGUUAAAGUAAGUUGACUUAUUGUCUUUUGUAAGAGAAUGAAAAAGAUUGUAUCUGUGUCAUUGCUUCAUCUACACAAGAUUUCAUUUUUUUAUUGGCAAUGCAAGAUGACCAUGAAAAUUUAAGAUGAAUCAUGUUUUAUUAUCAAUCAGUUUGUGGACUAAGCAAGCGUUGUUUCGAUGCGAACGGAAGGUUUUACAUCGAGGAGAUUUGCGAACUUAAAGGGAAUCGAAAAGUCACAACUUGGCUCACGGCCGACGAAUAAAGAUUUGGAGUGGGUAUUGGAACGGUGAUUCUUUCCGAGUUGUCCUCAUGUCUGACGGAUGUUGCUUUCGUUCUUUCCAUGUAGUGCUCUGUGGUGUUUAGACGAUGUACCCUUCAGAAAUGAGCUUCCUUAUUUGAAAAAGCUACCCGGUCAGAUUUAUACCAUCGAUCAACAAUGUCAGCAUGACUUUGGUAGGAAUUCCAGGUUUUGCAGUCGGGUAGGUGUAUAGAGUUGUUGUUGUUGUUGUUUUUUUUUUCAAUAUUUAUCUGCUAGUCCCUAGUCCCCGUUAUCCAGUACGGCCUCUGCGUUUCAGGUCGCGUGGUCCGAGCGAGUUUUCGCGUCCGUUCGUCUCAGAUACGUCAGCGAAUUGCAUUAACCGAGAAGGAUUGGGAAGACGCCAGCACAACAGACUUAGCGAAAAAUGUCACAGUGAGAAUUUCUAGUUCGCCAUGGCUCAGCUGUGCUGAAGUAUUACAUAUAUAGUUAUGUUAUUUACAAGUUUACUUCUGACAUUUUUUUAACAGAUGAAGCGAGAUCCUUGUGCGGAGUUGUGGUGCGUUCGCGGUUCUUUUUCCGGCUAUAAUGACCGCUUCUGUCAAACGCGAAGAGAACCCGCUUUGGAAGGAACCAAAUGUGGUGAAAACAAGGUACUAAACUAAAAAAAACCAUUAAGGGCUCUGCCCACACGAGUCCAUGUAAGACUGUAAAAGGAUGAAAAUGGCUUCAGUAUUUACAGCCUUCCACACCAGAACGAUAUUUCUUUGUUUACAAAGAUAAGUGCUACGGAGACUGGUCACAAAAAUUCUCGUUUUAAUUUUUCACGUGCCAAAAGGUUAUGAAUAUAUCCCGUUUCACGCCAUCCUGUCCACAGACCUUUUUCUUAUUUUUCGCCCAUUCGACAGCACGAGAGCAAGCACGGCGCGCGAGAAUGACUGCUUGCGCUGGCGGUGAAUAAAUCUCCGGUGGUUUUUAUAUUCAUACGCGCCCUCGACGAUCUCUAAAGAGGAAAUAGAGGGUUUUUGAACAGGCUACUUUCAGGCCUUGUUCCCAGAGACCGCGUUACUCUUGAUCAGCGGACGAGGCCUCCGAAAAAGAAAGUGCUUUCGAGCUUCGACGAAUUCGAGUACGCGUAGUCUUAGCCUACAUGUAUGUUCACCCUAGUCCGUCCACAAACGUUUGCGUUUACGUAUACCCAAGUACACAAGAACUAGUUAAUACUCGGAUUAGUCCACUUUGUUCUGCAAGCAAAAAUUUUGUUUUGACCAUGUAAGAAAUCCUUUUAAUAACUAAGCCAAGUGUUUGUUCUUUGAUGUUUGAUGUUCGUUUCGUUUCUUUUCUUCGUUUCACGGGCCAUAAAAACGCAAAAUCCAAUAUCUAAUGAUCUUGACCUCACACUUGGUCAGUAACAUAAGUAUAUAUUAUAUUCCCUCUUGAUGUGUAUUAAAAACAGUAACAAAACAGAGAGUAUUUCUGUCUUUACAGUGGUGUCGUCUUGGGAAAUGCGUUUCAGUAGAUGACCGGGAUACAACCAUUCCCCUUCCAAGGCCGACUAUAAAACCGGUUCAUGGUGGCUGGAGUAGGUGGAGCGAUCUAAGUGAAUGUUCGCGUUCCUGCGGCGUAGGAGUUCAGUUCAAAACAAGAAAAUGUAACAAUCCUGUGUGAGUAUUCAAGGUCAGCCAUAAAGCACCCCAGAGUCAUGCAAGUUGCCAAUCUCUGUCAACAUGACACUCCAUCACGCUGCCCUUUCAAGACAUUUAAACAAGUAAGAGGAGUGUAACGAAAUGUUUCGUUUUUCAGGCCUAAACAUAACGGAAGACCUUGCGAAGGAGAGAAUAUCAAAUUUGAGCUUUGUAAUACCAUGGUAAGUAGUUACUGGCCAACGUUGUUACCGUGUAGCUCUGAUUUGAGAUAAAAUCCUCAAUGGAUCUUUGGUAGCUGGUCAUUCGCAAAGUGCAAUAACCGUCAGGUUGUAUGAGAGCAAGAAAUGCAGCAAGAGACAAAAAGAGAAGGGCUAAAAGGCUCGUUUCUUUCUCAAAGCAAAGCACAUGUGUUAUGUCUCAUACCUAGGUUGGUUUACUAGCCGUUUUGUGAGCCCACGUUACCUCGCGCACGGGUGCAAAUUAAACUGGCUGGAAAACGAGCCCAGUCUAUAUCACGCGGAAAAAAGUUGUCUUGAGCAUCACCUCACUAUAGCCAUUUUAACAUUACCCUCAUUUAAUUUUGAUUUUGAUAUAGGACUGCCCAGGAAAACUCUUAACAUUUGAGCAAACUCGCAAAGAACAAUGUAUCAGGCGAGCACCUUUAAAAUCCCCCACAACCGCGGCAGUGUGGUCAUCAUAUGACUUAUAUUCCGGUAAGUAUUAAACGAAAAUUAAACAUGAAAACUAAUGGUCAUAACAAAAGCAGAACGGGUUUUCCUCUUGCUUUGAAUGUAACAAAUAAAGUUUGCCGAUCAAAGUAUGCUGAGGUGUAGACAAAUUUUUUCUGUGUUCAAAGGAUUGUUUGGCGAGCAAAGUCCUUGGGACUAAACGCUCUUUUUAAAGAACGUUUAUAAUUUAAAGAGAUUUCGGUCAUCGCGAUCUGUAAUUAUAUUCGUUAACAACUACUUUGAUGCGGCGUUGCUCGUUAGAACGCCAGUACAGCCACAUAAAACGCCUGUAGGAAUUAUCUUUGUCAUAGAGCGGUUUUCACUUGACUGUCGUAAAACCAAAACCAAAGUAAAUACACUAGCCAACCAAAGGGCGUAGUAAAACCAAAACCAAACCAAUUCCUCAAUUACUUUCGACAGUCAAGUGGAAACCGCUCUAUUACUAUUCAUUUGAACUUGAAUAAGUUGUAGUUUACCAAAAUUCAAAAGUAGAAAAAUGUACUAGCCGUAAACCGACACCUCAACCUCUUGGUCCAAUAUGGCUGCCUUGGAAAGAGAGGAAACUUUUGUAGGGUGGUUGGACCGUUGUAAAGAGGUGUUUAAACAAACAACAUGUAUCCGUUGAGGGGAGGUUCCAAUGUUUCAAGACGAUUGAAGAAGCCCUCUUUUUUGUUCGAUUUCACUAGAUAAUGUAACUCUAACCCCAGCGUGAGAAAAACAGCCGACAUUUCGCGACGUCACCACUGGUUUCCCCGAAAAAUUAUAUUCAAGAACCGAGCGCAGAAAUUUCAUACUGAUGAUGCGUCACUAAUCGGAUAUGCGUGGUUCUUCUGAAUGGUUGAAGCAAAUUCUGCCUACCCAGAUCUGGGUAGUGACGCGUCAUCAGUAUGAAAUUUCUGCUGUCGUUUCUCAGACAUCAUUUCGCGGGAAGUCAAGUGGUGGCGUCUCGAAAUGUCAGCUUUAUUUCUCAGGGUAUCUCUCCCCUAACCCAAUAUAUUGCACUAUGCAAGAAGUUAAUGUUAACAUUGGAUAGGGGAGGGGUAGGUGGGUAGCUACCCAAAAUCUUAACUGAUCCAUUCCCCUCAGCGAACAUCGACUGUGACUUUGAAAAGGGCUUCUGUGGAUGGACCAAUAAUCCCAGUGAUGAUUUUGAUUGGCGUCGCCGCAGUGGACACACUCCGACGGCUGGCACAGGACCUUCUUUUGACCACACAAAAGGACGCCGUGGUUGGUAUAUUACAUAUUAUAAAAUCAAACGUUAAGAGCUAGAAUAAGAUGUCUGUCUGAUCUUGAGUGACAUUCUUUAAGUCAAAGUUAAUUGCAUAGUCGGCAUGAGACAACCUAUCGAAGCGGUUUGUUUUACCUUCUCUUCCCAUUAAAGCACUAUACAUGCUGUCACAUCAAGACUGUGAAAAUAUAGAAACCAUCAUUUUUAUAUAUAUUAUUUAGUUUAUUUCGUUAAAACAACUGAAGGAAAAAGACUAUGUCCUCACGAGCCCUUUUAACGAGUUGUCUUCUCAUGUGUUGUUGAUCAAUACAUUUCGUUGACGUACAACAGGUAGCCCCGAAACGAAUAGGCCCCGCAGAAAAAAAAAUUCCCGGUAAAAAUCUAGAGGAUCUUAUAUCCAUGGACUACAUAAUUCUCCAAAAGUUUAUAUCUGUAAGUCUUUUAUUAAAUCUCCUCACCUCCGCAUUAUAUUGAUUUAUUGUUUUCGUUUUAUGAUUUAGGACAUUACGUGUAUCUGGAGACUUCUCGACCUGUCCAGCCCGGAUGGAAGGCUCGCCUCGUUAGCAAGUACAUAGGCAUGCGUGUUGCGUGUCUAAAGUUCUGGUAUCAUGCAUGGGGAGGUGAUAUUCAUAUGGGAGAACUUCAACUUAUCAUCAAAACAGACACGGUAAAUACUAGUCUGCUACACAGCCGUUUUUAGUGUCGUCAGGCAACGCUCAUCCCCACAGAGAAGCGUUGCGUGACGACACUAAAAACGGCUGCGUAGCAGACUAGGUAGAUACAUGACAUGCCGAAUACUUAUCUAUAUCGUGACCUUAGACAGCCGUGAUAUAGCCCUUGUAACUGAUAGACAGUUCAAACUAUUUUUAGUUUCUUCUCCCACUGUUUUUGUUAAGCUUUGACUGAACGGACCGCAAUACAGGAUCUCUGUCUUCAUGUACGUGUACUCGCAAAGCUUCUUUAUGUGCACUAUUUAAUCAAAAUUAAGGGCCUGUUUACCUGAAGGUGCGGGACCCCAGGUUGGUGAGGUACCCGCCUGUCCGUAUAAUCUCUCAUUUUAAUUUGAUCACGUUUACAUGAUAGGUGAGGUGACCUACCACAUGUUACCUCACCUAUCUGGGACCCCCACCUUCGCGAAACAGGCCCUAAGUCCCUAAGUUUUAGUUAUUGGAAAGAAUUAUGCGUCCUCCUUCGACGAGAUGCAGUAUUAUCUUUACUAAUAGAGCCUGAUAUAUGUCUUGCCUUAGGACGAAAAAGUGGUUUGGAGCAUAAAUAAGAAUAGAGGAAAUAGAUGGGUGUUUCACAAGCCUACCACGAUAUUUAGCAACAAGCCAUACAGGGUAAACAAUAAAUUAAAUCUUUAUAGACCUCACCUUGACACAGACGAUUUUUACAUUUUCACGUGCAAAGACAAGUUUUCACUUCAUUAUUUAUCCUCGUGGUUUUCUUUCAUAUCGUAAGCACAAGAGUUAUAACCAGUUUUUGCAGCAACUUGUAACAACUUCAGAGGAAAUUUGCUUUUCCGUACCCCCAGAAAUUGUCACCUUGUACAGCAUCAUAAGCCGUAGCCGUAUAGUUGUAGAGGUGGUCAUUUAAUUUCAGUUAUUUCACCUGUUGAAUCUUCAUACUUAGAGUCAACUUGUAAUAAUGAGAGUGGCAACAAACGAACUGGAGGUACCAGGAGAGAUAGGACAGCUUGGAACUGUCGCAGCAUCAUGUUUGAUGAUGAUGCUCGUUGUAUGAGCCUUUUUUAUCUAUUACCACACAGAAAUUAACUGUUUGCUUUCAUUAUCCUUUGAAGAUUGUCUUCCAAGGCAUUCGAGGUGAUGGAUACCUCAGUGAUUUCGCGCUGGAUGAUAUAACGCUCGAAAACAACCCGUGUGGACUGGGACUAAUGCGAUUUAUGACAGUCAACAACCGUAAGCUUUCUGGUUUUAUUGUAUUUGUUCAGACCUUCCUUAUAUUGUUCAGUCAUUGUUAACCUACAAUCAGCCUCUAUUAAGUUGUGAAUUUCUAAAGGAGGAUUAAAUUACUAGUAGACUAUUUAUUAGAAAAAAACUUUCUCACAAAAACUUUGAGAAACGUGUUUGGCAGUACCCUCAUGUGUUACUUUGUUAUUAUUGGUUUUGGGUUAUUGUUAUUGUUAUUAUUUUUUAGCAGUUUCCAGAAUGAUGUAGAGUGUUUUCACAUGACGUCACGGCCGCUAUAUUGGUGUCCCAAAACAAUGAAACGGCGGCCAUGUUGGUGUCCCAAACCAGUCCUGUAGGAGUUGAACUCUUUUCUUACGCUAACACUUUCUUUUGUUCCAAAAAAAUUGUAUAGAUGUUGGCCACGUGAGUGAAAACACUAUAAGAAUUUUUGUCUAAGUUGUACUUUGGGCCCUUCUAGGAUUGAAAGGGUUAAACAUUUUUGUUUGUAGAAAUACCUGUUGAACCAUGUCACCAGUUCUGUGAAGCAAACAACGACGGCCAAAGCGUAGACGUGGUUAACGUGGAAGUAGAAAACGGAACUGCAUGUUACGAUAACCUUAAAUCCUUUGAUGUCUGCAUCCAGGGAAAAUGUCAGGUAUUUCGUAAACUAUUGCUGCUUUACACGUGACGUCACGGCGGCCAUGUUGGUGGUGUGUUGGUGGUCAGAACAAAAGCAUUUCUCUCCUCUGUGAACCAUACCCUAUUUUCAUGUAAAUUCUUCGAGGAAAAAUCCUAUUGCAUUGACCACCAACACACAUCCAACAUGGCCGCCUUGUCACGUGGUUGCAAACCAAGAAAUAGGGCCUGUUUACAUGGAGUGGGGGACCCCGGUCUAGUGGGGUUGGUUUCUUUUGUUUUCACGCUCUGGGGGACACAAAACAAAAGAAACGUACCCCACUAGACCGGGGUCCCCCACUCCAUAUAAACAGCGUCUUAUUCUGUAUCUUCAAAGGAACGAUGACGACGAAAACAACGGAAAAAGUAAAAAAAAGAAUUGGUUUAUGAGCAAAACAACAGCUAUGCACGGGCAUCAGGUGUUUUGAUACAUUCCUUGACGUCACCGCACGACUCCUGAAGCGACGUUUUAUGGGGGCCGUUAAUAUACGACGACGAAUUUUCGUUUCUCUUUUUGAACCUGAAUAAAGUUCUUAAGAAUUCAACGCCAGGAGAAAGCGCCUUCAUUUAACAAAUUAAAAGGGUCCAAAUAGACGCGAUAAAGUUUCAAACAACGCAAGUUCAUUUUGUCAUUUUCAGCGAUGUUUUCACUGUUGUCGCUGUGUCGUUGCUUACGCUCAUUACUGGUUGUUCUUAACGGUGCUGCGCUUUUUUUUUCUGGUAGAAAAUCGGUUGUGAUGGUGUCAUCGGAUCGAACAAAACUCUUGACAGCUGCGGUGUCUGUGGCGGUAACAACGAUAUGUGUUCAGCAACAGCUGGGACCAUCACCACGCUACCGAAAGAAGGUACGUGCACAAUUGUCGUGAACCGACCCUUGUUCUCAGCUCCCUUUGAAGUGAGGGAGAAAAGAGCCUGGGAAUGAGCUUUCUGUGGACUUAAUUGGUGUUAAAGGGGUGGGGGGGGGGGUGGAGUAGUGUUUUUUACGUCUUCAACAGUAUUGUAUGCAUUCUUUGCGUACGUUUCGACUUAUGAUUAAACUUGAAUCCCCUUCGCGAAAACCCAUUUAGGAUAUACCUAGAAAGAACAAUCUUUUAUCCAGCUAGAGAUCACGGCGAGACUUGAGCUCGUGGCCUGCUUCUAAGUCUAAAACUGUAACCGCUCGGUCACAUUGCCUCCUCUAUCACACGCAGUUUGGUUUUAAAAAAGUUGUGUCAUAUAGCCUUAUUCAGCAAUUAAAGGGGCAUAGUCAGCUUUGGGACCGAUCUGACCUAGACACUAGUUUUGCCACUUUGAAAACCGCUUAGCUCAACCCGAAAUCAAAGGUCGGAUACAUCUAGAAAUCCGCCUCAACCUUGCCUUGUGCUGCAUUCGAUCUUUGAUCUUUUACUGAAAACUUGUUCCUGAGUAUUCUUUUUCUCAUCCUAUAAAAUUAUUUUAUCAUAUUUGGUUGAAAACAGUAUCUUGUUGUAUGCAAAUCAGCUAAGGAAUAGUAUCUAAAGCGCAUGUGCAUCAGCAGACUUUGUCCCUUUAAGAACUGGCUACCAAACUGUGUGAAAUUUAAUCAUUAACAUUUAAAGAUACCACAUUUAAAGAUAAAACAAAAUCAGUUGUGGAUGCACAAACUUGAAAAAAAAAUCCGAUUACAAUUGGGGUUUUAUCUCUCUUGCUUGUAAGUUUGCAUUAUUUGUAAUAGAGUUGUGAUUUUGCUAUUUAGAACCUAGUAAAUUCUCUGCUAACGAGUAACUGGUAAGACUGCACAAAAUGGACUGGGUACAGAUUCUUUCAGUUUGUGCGAUAGUUACUUUAGAGUAUCUCCGACUUGUUGUGACCAUUGCACUAAAUUUUUUAAUCCUGCUGAUUGAUAUGUAAACUCUAGCUUGCUUUCUUUUUUAACUCGGUUUUGGUAAGAGGUUUGUUCUCGGGGUUUCCGGAAACAACAACAUAUCAACAAGAACAGCGUUUAUUUUCUUUGCAAAUAAAAUUACGGAAAGUGCUGACCCGCAAAAUAGUAGAAAUACGAAGUGAGGCGGCUGCGAAACCUGUAUGGCUGGCUAUUAUUAUAAUAACUCAUCUUGCACUGAAGAAAUGAAUGAGAUGAUACUGACCUUACUGAUAUUUAAAUAUGUAUUAAUGUGCCCACAGACUGAAGAGGUUUUUUUUUAAAUAAUCUAUUGAUUUUAUAGAUCUUGAAACAUUGUUAGAGUGUCCAGUGGGUGCAACCGAUAUCAUGCUUGAAGACUCGUCUCCAAACUUCCUAGGUUAGUGAUGGUACUAAUUUCUCAUUGUACAGCUACAGUUGUAGAUUUUUCCUAGGCUCUAUCACCAGCCGCUGUUCGGGUAGCUUCGAGCAAGCUCUCCAUUUGGGUUGGUCGCGAGAAGUCGCGCGAAAGCAACACGCGAAAGGUGACGUGAGUGCGUUACCUGGCGGUCCGCUUCGCUCGCCAUAAAUGGAGAGCUUGCUGGCAGGCUACUGUUCGGGAAAUGACAUUUAUUUUCCUAAAUUCCAUUUGGUUUUAUUAUUAACAGUUCUAGACUCCAUGGGAGCAGAAAAGGCUCCUUUCGUAGGCUCUGAACAGACGUCAGUAUCCGUAGUUUAUGAAUUUGCUGGGACAAAAUUCACUUACAAGAGAGAAGGCGACAUAGAGGCAAUAACCACUCCGGGACCCAUCAAGGAUAGAGUUGUUGUGAAGGUCAGAUAGUAUUCCGUGUAUGUUAUUGCAGCUGCAAGCCCAACGCUAAAUCAUAGCUCAACGGGCGUAUCCGGAAACUUCUUGUAAAAAGUAAACAGCAAAGAUUGCUUGAAAACAGCCUUUGAUUAAAAUUUCUAAUCGAUUCACAUGCAGGUUAAGAUGAGUGACCAGCCAGCAGUACCUAUUAGUCUACGCUACCAGUUCUACAAACCCACCACUAAUGGGAGCGAGUUCUUCUGGUCGCAUUUCAAGUGGUCUGACUGUUCCAAAACUUGCGGGGAAGGUUGGUACUAAAGCUAACGAAUAAGUUGAGCUUCAUUUAAAGCUAGGUUUGCGCGGUUCGUCAAUAUGCGGGAAAAGUGGACCUUAGAAGGAAGACUUUCGAAGUGUUUAGAGAAAAUUGAGGAGAACCGUCACCUUUCCGUAGAGUUACAAUGAAAGCCUUGGACGCAAGAUGAAAUCCAUUCCCCCCACCUCCUUACCCUGGUCGUUUACCCUGAAUGCGAAGCGGGGGCUUUAGGUUUCGAUUUUGCUCUAAUGUGUUCCAAUGGUUUCCACUAGCGCAUAAGCAUUUAAGCAUAAGCAUAAGGACAUACGCACGCGCAGAAUGGCAUAUUUGACUCAAUUCUCGAUACCAGCUCUCCUCAACCCGACGAUAAACAAGAUGGCGGACGGCUUUUGAUAUGUUCGCAUGAGGUCGGGGUCAAAAUAUCCUAUGAUUGGUCCACGGCCUUGUGCUUAGGCUUGUGCUUAUGUCGAUCCCGUUUUCACUAGUCAAGCAAAGAGAAAGACAAACUUGUCCGUUUUUCUGGUGCUUAUGCUUAUGUGGCGGCAGUUUUCACUUGCUUACACAUGUGCUUGUGCUUGUGCUUACGCACCAGUGAAAACCAGGCUUCUAACGAGCUAUAGGAAAAUCCUUGUUUACAUUUUUGCCUCCUUGACAUAUACUUACUAUCAUCUGAUGAAGCUGAUGAAAUAAAAUCUCUGAAUAUUGAAUAUUGAAAGAACGUAAAGAUUUCAGUUCUAUCUGAAAUUUGAGCCCGAUAUAGCGAAUAGACUUCUAACGAGCUAUAGGAAAAUCCUUGUUUACAUUUUUGCCUCAUUGACAUAUGCUUACUAUCAUCUGAUGAAGCUGAUGAAAUAAAAUCUCUGAAUAUUGAAUACUGAAAGAGCGUAAAGAUUUCAGUUAUAUCUGAAAUUUGAGCCCGGUGUAGCGAAUAGUGUCGGAGAAAUUUGCUGUAGAAAACUCGAAACUUUACAAAGAAUGUAUGAGCUCAUUAACGUUUUACCUCCCAGUAAUUUCGCAGUUUUUGAUUGCUGCUAUUUCCUUUGUUAUUGUUUGCAAAGAGCUGAACAUUGAAAAAAACUGCUCAAAUUAACCUGCUCUUUUAUUAUUUUUUUAUGGGUUAAUUUGUAUGCUUAUGAGCAAAAAUAUAAACGACAUUUGGACGAUGAUCAUUGCACGCCAAUAUUUAUGCAUUCUAAACCACCCAUUCCCUUAGCCAUAAACAACGUAAUCUGUUUAUUGGUUCAAGUUGUCAUUUUGUCUUUAUUUAUGUUUUGCUUUUUGUUUAUUUGUUUUUUCUACUCAUUAGGUAUCCAAACACACUUAUAUAAAUGCCGCAGAAAUGAUAACAAAUCAGAGGUUGCCAAGGAUAAUUGUUUCGCGUUGAUCAAACCCGAACCUUUGACGAGACCAUGUAACUUGACAGCUUGCGAGAGGUAUACAUACAUCGAUCGUCAGGAAUGGGUAUCUCACACUUAAAGAGACUAUCGUUAACUUAAGCUGUAACAUACGGGACCACAAUUUGGUGCCCGUCGUAGUUUUCUUCAUAAUAAGGUAUUCAAACUCGUCGAAAGGUCCAGUAAGCAAUGACUAAUGGUGGUUAAGAUGUGGAGCGGAUGGGGAAGGGAAAUGUUUGCUUUGGGGGAUGUUAAAAGAAAUCACUCGGGAUUUAAUAACCUGUGGCAGGGAGUGCCUAUUGUCAAAUUGGAGUAACAACUGAAAUAAGGCAAGUUUAAAAAAACAAGUAAGGAAGGUUUGGUUACCAGUGUUUUUUGCAGAGUCUAUGACUGUCGACGGUGUAACUAAAUGUACGUAUUAGACAUUUAGUAAACUUCAUGGCGCGUGGAUUAUUUCAGUUACUGUUCAUUUACAAUAAUUUUCCGUUUCUGAUAAUCUUAAAUUCCCAACCCAAUUCUUCAUAACCAGCUAGUGUUGACAAAUUUGGAAGAUGUCUGCCGAUAUUCCGACAUUCUUAAAAAUGACGUCAAUUUCACGGACAGUUGACAGAAAAAGAAACAGCAGAAAGCGCGGUGGCCUAGCUGCUUCAGUCGGCAGUGCAGAGCUGUACAAGGGUCGAGAAAAUGGCGAAAGGUUUCAAACGUUAUACAAUAAGAAGUAAAAGCCCGAACUACUGCCAAAUAACAUAGUUAUUUUAGGAGUUAAAUAAAAACAUACAUAACAUCGUCGACAGUUAUAGAGACUCCGUAAAACGCACCUUUAACCAAAGCUACAAUACUUGUUUUUAAACUAGCUGUCUGUUCCAAUUGUUAUGACUAUAUUUGCGAUCGUCUUGGGAAGACGUUUUGUGUUCCUUAAGGUGAGUGACGUACACUUAGAAAAAAAAAUAUACAGAACAAAAGUUUGUCUUUCAAAUAGGCUCUAUACAUCCCCAAGAAAUCAACGAAGCUUUUCACUCCAUGUUCCCACUAACAGCGUAGCUCUACUACUCGAAGUACAAACAACAAAACGCAAUCCCUUGACUACCUCCUACGCCUCAAAUGUCAGCUAAGUAAAUCUCGUAACGUUUGUAAAGUGACGUUUAUGAAAAUCUUAUUUCUGUGCGUUACAGGUAUGUUUGGAAAGUGUCCAAUUGGACGAAGUGUUCUUCACUUUGCAAUGGCGGCAGCCAAAAUCGUACAGUGGAAUGUAGAGGAGUUUUAGUAGAUCGCCAGGUCAACUUUACACUGUGUACUGCGGAAAGGCCUGAGAAACAACAGAUAUGUAACGAUCAACCGUGUCCGGCCGAAUGGAUUGUGGGUAACUGGACUCAGGUACGUAGGGUCUUUUUAGGGCUUGUUUACAAGGAGGUGGGGGACUCCAGGUAGGUGAGGUAACCCGCUUAGGUGGGGUAACCCGCCUGUUCAUAUAAUCUCUCAUUAUAAUUUGAUCACGUUUACAUGAUAGGUUGGGUAGCCGUAUGGACAGGCGGGUUAUCUCACCUGGUUACAUAUGGAGGUGGGGGACCCCAGGCAAGCCCUUAGACUGGCACUCCGGCGCCAUAUUAUUUUAGAGACUUAAAGGUCCGGCGACGGUGUAGGUAACAAGAACGUAAAAAAGGCAGUAAGUUUAGUCAGCUGAACAACUAGUUGGCAUUUGCAUCACACUUGACAUCACAGUCACACCAAGUCCUUUUGAUGAAAGUUCUGUUACUGUCUUUAUUGCCAACAUUUUCUUCGUUGCUGGAUUCUUGGAUACUUAAAUAGUGAUUAGCCGUCGAUAAAUACACUGGCCGCGAAAACGCUGCUAUUCAAAAGUUGCUAAAACCAUUAGACAUAAUGAUACGAGCAAUGGUAUGACAGAACAAAGAGGGACCAAGUCCCGAUUCAUAAAGCAACCUUUUAAGAGUCUGGUGUUCUCCUUGCAUUCCCAUGCUUGUUAAACCGCCCUUGGCCGAAUUAUAGGCUCGAUUUCCGCCGUCUCCCGGGUCCGGUCUUUGAUCCUCAUUUUCCCGAACAGCGGCUGGUAAUCGAGCCUAGCCGAAUUACUCCCGAUCCGUGCAAGAGCAUCCUUUACAACAGAGAGAUUGGCUGCAGAAAGGGACCCCUCUACUCCUCUAAAGAUACUUUAUGCAAUUGGUUCUAUUAUCUCAAGAAAUCUAGUUGGCAACUGUCAAAACGGAUCACAAUCUGGAGAGCGGAACAAUUUGAAGACAGCACAACUUUGCCUUACUAAAAUUCAACAAGCAAUAGCUUAUCAAGACAGAUGGGGAGAAAGUGUUUGAAUUUUUUUAACCCCUUAACUCCCAGAAGGGAGUGGCAUGUAACUUCUUAGAACAUGCAAUACAUUGUCCAACAUACUGCUGGUGAGAAUACGUAAAUUUAUCAGCCAGAUGAUAUUAUAUUGAUAUAACCCCAAAUUACUUCAAUAAAAUAUAUUAAAAUAGCAAUCAUUUGCGAGAAUUAAUACAUGCAAUCAAAUCUUGGGAAUUUAAGGGUUAAAUUGGUUCUAUUUCCUUGUGUUUUAGUGUUCUCGCAGCUGUGGAAAUAGUGUUCAACAACGUUUAGUGGAGUGCAGAAAUAUUUUAGGAGCUGUCUCAUUAAACUGUCCACGUGAUGCUAGGCCGCCUCGGAUGAGAAUUUGCAGAAAAGUUCCCUGUGAAGGAGAAGGUAAGUGGACUGCACGUUGCUAACUUAUUUGAUGUAAUGUAUCAAGCAUGAGAUACAGUGUUUCAUCACCAGAUGAAACACCGAGAAGUAGAGUUGAUAAUACGACGAGUAUUUCUGAAGAACUUCGAGGUGUUUCAUCUCGUGAUGAAACACUGUGUCGAAUGCUUGAUAUCACUUCUCAAACAAAAUGAUUUUAGAGGUAGAAAUCAAAGAUACAAAAAUGAGCAGUUUUUCAUCUGAUUUUAAACACUCAUUAAACAUUUAAAAUUUCCUUUGUAUUUUCUUUAUGAAUUAUUAAUGAGUUUGAGAAGUAAAUGUUUCUGUAGAGUCGAGUGCCGUAAAUUGUACAAGGAUUUGCAGAGGAGUUUAGAAACAGUUGUGGCGCAGCGCGUGCGUCUUCCCAAGUUUCUCGGGUUCGAAUCCCGGUUUAGGAGGCCGUUUGUGGAUUAUGUAGUGGCUUCCUGUCUUUUGCUUCGAUUACUUUAUCUCCGGGUACUCCGAUUUCCCCCUUUCCUUAACAACCAAGAUUUUCAAAUUCCAAUUCGAUGAAGUAUACAACACAAUGAACCACUUCAUGGAAGUGUAACCUCUAACUCGUUAUUUAUAUAUCUAUUUAUUUAUUUAUCGUAAAUUUAUUUGUCUCCUUUUUAUUUAUUUAUUUAUCUAUUAAUUUGUCGUCUAUUUAUCCAUUCUCCAACAGUUUUAGCAAACAUGUCUUGCUCGUUUGAAGAAGGAUUCUGUGAGUGGAGAAAUGUGCGCGCCUCCAGGCUAGAUCAGUUUGAUUGGGCGUUGUUAAGUGGAAGUACGCUGAGCAAGAAGACUGGACCAACUAACGAUCACACCUUGGGAACGUCAAGAGGUUGGUAACAAACAUCCAAGUUGAAGAAAGAAGCUAGAGAACAGUUUUCAACUCACGCUAUUUUUCCUCUUUUGCACCUGUUUUCGUUCCCCCUUACAGCUCCUUAGUAAGAAACAACUAAGCUUAUUAGAGAUCUUAAGAUAGACCGUGUCCGUGAACGGGUAUGGGCAAAUAACCCGCACCCGUAACCGUAAAUACAAGUAGAUCCUCUCUUAGCCCUGGGAAACGGCUAAGCUACCGGGUAAAACGAGGAUACAAUACUGACCGCCUAGUUAUGGAAAAUCAUGUUCGCCCACCGUCUUUUCUGUGGGCAGAAACGAUAUAUCUUAAGGUCACUGAUGACCAAGAGGUGUCCGAUGAAUACAGGUUCGUCUGACCGAAAAUAUGGAAAGAAACGUUUGAACCUGAGCCAUUCUUCUCCUUACUAUUAGCCGUUUGUUUAUUCCUCAGGUUUUUACCAGGCAUUAAAUGCAGUUCAACCUCUCCAAUAAGUGGCCACCCUCUAUUAAGCAGCCAGUAAUCAAAGUCCCGAAAUAAUUGUAGAAAAGAAUAAGGAAUUAAACCUCUAUUAAGCAGCCAUGGCCGCCUUUUGGCCGUGCCAAUGAGAAUUGUCCCAUUGUUGUCACAUCUAUUAAGCGACCAUAAAGCACUUAACGGAUUACGUUUGGUUUUAUUUUAAGAAUAUAAUGAAGGAAAACAGUCUGACAUAGACGGUGACGACCGAUCGUGGACCAGUACUGCUGCCCCAGUCGCGUAUUUGUUUUAAAAUAAAGUGAUGUUUCUGCUAAAGAUUAUGCUAAUGUAUAGCCCGGUUUCUGACGAACCGCUAUUGAGGGGUCAACCUCCAUUAGGCGGCCGCUUAACGGCACACCAAGGGUGGCCGCUUAAUGGAGUUUUCAACAAUAAUUUGUUUAUUUCUCAGGUUUUUACGUAUAUAUAGAAGCUUCUCAUCCACAACGAAGGAAUGACCGCGCGAGAUUAAUAAGUCCCGUAGUACGUGCUAGGAGUGUCUGCCUUAACUUCUGGUAUCACAUGUACGGUGACAAAAUGGGCUGGCUUCGUGUUAUGUACAGGCUCCUAAGGGGUAGAGAUCGCAGAAUAUGGCACAAAUCUGGAAACCAGAAAAACGAGUGGCAUAAUGAACGUCUAACCAUUAAUUCUUAUCUUCCAUACCAGGUAAUCGUACUGAAUACUUUGUUCAUCGUUGCAGUGAACUUAGCGACUGGUCAUUAUUUAUCGCCUGGGGGGGGGGGGGGGGGGGGGGGGGGGGAGGCGGAGCGGAGGACUUCGUGGGGGGGAUCACUUGACUUCUAAGAGAACAAAACUGGGGAUCAGUGGUAACUGAGAACCCAAAAGGGGGAUCACUGAAAACUUUGGAAGGAUUCAGAGGUGGGACCAAUCAAAUUUGUUGAAAAAUGAAGACAAGGGGGGGGGGUCGCUAAAGUAAUCAAACGUUAUUAGGGGGGAUCACUUCAGUGAAGUAACAUUCAAAGGGGGAAUCGGCUACAUUUCCCCUUGUGUAGCCCCAGUUUUUUUUCCUGACUGUCUCUUUUACGCAGAGCCCUUCUUGUCCCACUAGGAGGCUGCUGGGGGAGACAGAAGUGCGCAGUGGACGAUGGGAAAGGAAAAAGCUGGAGAGCUUCUUUUUUUCCACCCUAGCUCUCGUGCUCAGUUUUUAUUAUUAUUAUUAUUAUUAUUAUUAUUAUUAUUAUUAUUAUUAUUAUUAUUAUUAUUAUUAUUAUUAUUAUUAUUAUCAUUAUUUUAUAUUUUGAAUACCAAUGCGAGUUUCUGCCUUUGGCCUUAUGUCCUUUAUCAUUGCAUAUGAAUUAGAAACAAGCGAGAGUGAUGUAAAAGAACCCAUGGCACUGAUCAAACAUAAAUAGGGUAAACCGAAUGUCUAAACAGUAAACCAACAAAGCCUCUGAAUAUGGGACGAAGCCUACUUGAAUGGUCUCUCUUAUCAAAACUAAUUCAGAACUCUGUAGAUUACCGUAGAGCAUUUCAACCUGUUGUUAUAAGUGCAAUGGUUCGACGCCUUAUUCUUGCAAUGCCCUAUUUAUGAUAUCGGUUUCUUUUCUUUCAGAUCAUAUUCGAGGGUAUUCGAGGCAAUGGUUUUUCCAGUGAUAUAGCAUUGGAUGAUAUAAAGAUUUCAAGUGGUAGAUGCUCUCCAAAAUCUCCCGAAAGUAGGUUUGCAGAGUAAAUUUAGUUUUGUGGUUGUUUUCGCUCCUGGGCUGGCCUUACAGGAAGUCAUGCAACAUCAGAAUAGAGUUCUGGUUUUACGACUUGGGGCUAUUCAUGUAGUUGUUAUUCACCUUAUAACCAUGCGGAAAGCGAGAUUUUUUCUGGAUUGCUUUGUGUAGAAAUGGCCUUUGUUAAUUUAACCUCGAUAAUGUUUAACCGUAGAGCGCGGAAAGUAACAGCCUCCGCUCGUUACUUUCCACCUUUAGGAAACUCUAGUUUCGGGGGUUCCUUACCGUCGGAGCUCAAACUCUAUUGGCUUUGGCAGAGAAACUGAAAAAAAAGAAAGUAGCAAAACCUCUGGUGAUACCGCGACGUACAUAUCUUGUACAUUCGUGCAGUACGUAUCAAAUCAGGAAUGCGCAGCUGUCCUGUGUUUGCGGCUUUAUAUCUGUUGUAGUUGAAGCUUUUCCCUCAGCAGUGGCGGAUUCAGACCUUCAGAUGAGGGGGGGAGGGGAGGGCGGUCAUCCAGAGCCCUCAGAUAAGCGGUGGGGGAGGGGGGGGGGCGGUCUCCAAAAAAAUUUUUUUUGGUCUCAAAAUAAGGGAGGCCGUGUCCGCCGGGCCUCUCCCCUGGCUCCGCCGCUGCUCAGAAUCUUUUUUUUAACUUCUGAUUCAUGACCAAUAGAAAAAAGGCGUAAAUUCUUGGGUGGCUACUAUCGUUGGAUCGCUAUGGGAUAAUCGCGUUAACACCCAUGUAUAGUGAAAUGAAAAGUGAACUCGUCUUGUUUUAUUGUUUGCAACAUGCUGAGCAGCGAGAAACUCUCCAAUUCCUUCUUAAUUGAUAGAGAACUAUGUCUCAGUGACCCUGGCGAACAUUGAAAUAGUGACCUCUGAAUUAUUGUUUUUUAAAGCCUAGUCUACUUACCUGGCCAAUCGAGAACAGGGCAGAGAAUUUAGAAAAAAAUAGUUUGAGGCUUGAAAGCCGAAGCCGUGAACAGCGCGUGAAAAGUCUCUGGCACCCAGGGUGAGCACAUAUAUCUCAUGGCUCGUUUAUUCCCCACUUUUCAGAUCCACAGCAGUGCACAAGCGAUAAAUCAAGCUACUGUAAAGCUGCUAUUCGCCUAAACUGGUGCUCUUCAUCAAGUUGGAGUAAGAUGUGCUGCAAAACUUGUGAAAGGGUUACCCUGAGUGGAUCUUAA